ACGCGCGAAAAAAUUCCGAAAAAAAACAAAAAAAAAUAGAUAGGAGACAUCUACCCUACCCAAUAAAAAUACAAAUAAAAACAAAUAGAAGACAAGCUAUUAGCCAUAUCGGAGCAGCAACAAAUUCGUUUAGUUAUAAAUAAAAUGUGUCACGAAAGUGCCAACCCUGAAAUAGUGGACUCUCGAGCGAACCAAUUGAGGUUUCAAUUAAAUUUUUGGUUAUAACCGAAAAUAAAUAGAAAUUUUCGGAGCACGAGCAACAGUUCCAAAAUAGGAUGUAAAUUUUCUAAAUAUGAAAAAAUAAAUUAAAAUCAAAGCACAAAAGCAAAGAAAUCAAAGAAAUCAAAACGAAAAUGUGCCCAAAAACGUCGAAAACCACACCGCUUCUGUUGAUCGCCGGAAUUUGUUUUGUGAUCGUGCUGGUCGGGAUCACCGGAAUAACCCUGAUCAAUAACAUAAAUCUCUCGAACAUAAUCCGAUUGAACGAGAAGGUGGCCAGCGAUAGUGUCAGCAACAAUGAGAACCAGAUCAAGGAGCUAAACUAUGUGAACAAUCAUCCGCGAAAUGUUUAUCUAAAGUUGAAUGCCAGCAAAGAGGAUGAGGAGGAGCAAAUGCAAAAGGAGCAGGGUCAGGAGCAUGAGCCACUGGAAGUGCCCAAGAUAUCGGCAGUUGUUGGUGGCAGUAAGGUUAAAGUCCGGGAUAAUCACUUGAAGGAGCCGUCGGAAGGCAUGCCUCUUCCAUUAUCUACUCCUCCACCACCACCUCCAACUUUCACCACUUGGCCUUCUUCCGGUGAUUCCCCCAAUUCUUCCGGGGAUUCGCCCUCACCAUUAGUGGACACUCCACCUUUGCCCUUCGGCGGGGUCAAGUACAACGCCUCCAGCGGUUUGAUUGAUUACGAGAAGCGAAACCAAGUCGUCAAGAUGAUGGAGCAUGCGUGGCACAACUACAAACUGUACGCGUGGGGCAAAAAUGAACUGCGACCGCUGUCGCAGCGUCCCCAUUCGGGCAGUAUCUUUGGAUCCUACGAUCUGGGGGCCACCAUUGUCGACGGCCUGGACACCCUGUACAUAAUGGGAUUGGAGAAGGAGUAUCGCGAGGGUCGUGACUGGAUCGAACGGAAAUUCUCGCUGGACAAUAUCAGUGCGGAGUUGAGUGUGUUUGAGACGAACAUUCGAUUUGUCGGCGGCAUGCUGACGCUGUAUGCCUUCACGGGCGAUCCACUGUACAAGGAGAAGGCCCAGCACAUUGCGGACAAGCUGCUGCCCGCCUUUCAAACGCCCACGGGGAUUCCCUAUGCGCUGGUCAACACCAAGACCGGUGUGGCCAAAAACUACGGCUGGGCCUCCGGCGGCAGUUCCAUCCUGUCCGAAUUCGGCACCCUGCAUCUGGAGUUCGCCUAUCUGAGCGACAUUACCGGGAAUCCACUGUACCGGGAGCGCGUCCAGACCAUCCGCCAGGUGCUGAAGGAGAUCGAGAAACCGAAGGGCCUGUACCCCAAUUUCCUCAAUCCCAAGACGGGCAAAUGGGGACAGCUGCAUAUGUCAUUGGGAGCCCUGGGCGACAGCUAUUACGAGUACUUGCUGAAGGCCUGGCUGCAAUCUGGCCAAACGGACGAGGAGGCACGCGAGAUGUACGACGAGGCGAUGCUGGCCAUUAUGGACAAGAUGGUGCGAUUCAGUCCCGGCGGACUGACAUAUGUCUCCGAUCUCAAGUUCGAUCGGUUGGAGCACAAGAUGGAUCAUCUGGCAUGCUUUUCGGGUGGCCUUUUCGCUUUGGGAGCUGCCACACGGCAAAAUGAUUAUACGGACAAGUACAUGGAGGUGGGCAAGGGUAUUACGAACACCUGCCACGAGAGCUACAUUCGGGCACCCACUCAGCUGGGACCGGAGGCCUUUAGAUUUAGCGAAGCGGUUGAGGCGCGAGCACUGAGAUCGCAGGAGAAGUACUACAUCCUGCGGCCGGAGACCUUCGAGAGCUACUUUGUGCUGUGGCGUCUCACGCACGACCAGAAAUACCGCGACUGGGGCUGGGAGGCGGUCCUCGCCCUGGAGAAGCACUGCCGCACGGCACACGGAUACUGUGGCCUGCGAAACGUCUACCAGCAGGAGCCACAAAAGGACGACGUCCAGCAGAGUUUCUUCCUCGCCGAAACGCUAAAGUACUUGUACUUGCUGUUCUCGGACGACUCUGUGCUGCCGCUGGACGAGUGGGUGUUCAACACGGAGGCCCAUCCGCUGCCGAUCAAGGGGGCGAAUGCGUACUACAGACAGGCGCCCGUAACGCUUCCGGUUUCGAAUGCCUCGUAAGCGGGAUCCGCGUUGCGCCGCUGGCUUUUCGGCCUGUCCCUAGCAAUGCACCUUAAUUAGCUCUCGAUAUUCACAUACUUAUACGUGUACCAGAUCGUAACUCUUUUUUUUUUUUCCUUGGGUAUAAGUUUUUAGUUAGUUUACGUGAUGUAAUGACAACUGCGUACGCAAGAUAUUGUAUGAACACAAUCAGGCACACACACACACAUACACGACACGAGAAACUUUCUAUGUAACAUAUUUAUAAAGCUUGCACAUAUAUAGGAACUUAAAAUUAAACUGAUAUAUCGUAGUUUAGUCCCUAAAUGUUUGCACAAGUUUCUUCGAGUCUCUUUUUUUGAUUUACCUAAUGAAAUAGUAUAAUCCGAAUAUAGUUGACACUGAUGUGGAUGGUUGAAAGACCUCAAUUUCCGUUUAAAUGCGAAUGAUAUAGGCGUAGGCAAACUCUCUUGAUAUUAAUUAUGAUAUGAUACGAUACAUGAUAUAUGAUACAUGAUAUAUGAUACAUGAUAUAUGUGUAAAUGUAAAACUCAGGUGUUCUAAUUAUGAUUUUCCUUGCGUUCAUACAAGGCUCUUUCGCACUAACCAGCUACGUAACUAUCUCUACAAGCAUUCUAUACGCAAUUCUCGAUCUGCGACUAUAAAUCUGAGUCUGGAUUUAUGGCGACCAUAGCGGGCAUUUCGAUAGAUCUACUCUGCUGAUUUCCAAUUCGAAUCUUGACCACUUUGUUUUGUACAUAAUUUCUAUUGACCUUCCUCGCAAAAUGAAGGCAGAAGAAAAUCGAAUUGAUAUUUAUACAAAUAUAUUCUUACACAAUAUAGUUUACUUUGUAGUCUAAAUAUUUAAAUAUAAAUCUAAUAUAGAGUCUAGCUUACUUUAUGUGACAAAACAAAUGUAACGCGAAUUACCUUAAAUCCAGAACAUCAAGCGAAACGAAAGUAAAUAAAAUAUUUAUAAAAAUAUAAUUAAAUAAAUAUAUAUUUGUAUUUAAUUAAAUCAAAUAAAACGUAGGCAAUUGUUAAAAUAAAUUAAUUAUACGAUGGCACGUGCUGAGCAAACGAUAAUUUAAUUUUUAACAACUGUAAAGGUUUUUUAUAAAAAUAAUAAUACCAACAAUAAUCAUAUUAAUAAUUCUAUUGAUAACUGUAAUCCGUAGUCUAAGCCACAAGCAUCGCAUGAUAAAUGAAAUAUAGAAGUUAUUCAAUUGUUUUUUUUUUUUUGUAACAUACGCAGCUUGUACUGUGUAAAGUGAUUUAAAAACCGUAAAAAUAACAUAAUAUAUAAGCUAAGACACUAAUGUAAAACCGAAGAAUUUUUAACAAACAUUUUAACGAAACAAAAUAAUAACAAAUUUAAUUAAAUUAAAUCUAUAAAAUGGAAAACCUAAAAACCGCAUGCUAAUAAAUGUAAAACAAGCAAAAAUGUUAAAAAAGAAUAAGGCGCCAACAAAAGUAAAAUCGAAAUUAAAUAAGCAAACUUUUUUUGUUUAGAUCAAAUUAGAAAUGAGCCCAAUAGCGAGAUAUAUGAUAUAUCCGAUGAUAAUGCCCAAUACCCAGAUUCGAACGACAGUUUGUAAAUGCAGCAUAUAUAAUACAUUCAUCAACUGCAGUCCCUGAGCUGCUGGAGAUGACAAUUGUAUUUUGCAUAAAUCAUAAGUUUAAUAAAGGUCUAAUAAUUAACUUACAA